AUGAACAAGACAGACGACGAAGACAACAACAGCCCCAGCUAUAGGACGGGGCCGGUCACCCCGGGGAGCAUGCCAACCCGCCGCGUCACCGGGCGAGGACUCACCAAGCCGGCCAGUACUCAUCGACCGUGUGAGCCUUUCUACUUCAAGGCACCCCAGGUCGAAACCUGCCACGAAACAUCCCUCAACCCAAGCUCCUUCGAAAAGUCGGCGGGGUUAUCGUCCGAAACUCGCCCGUCCAACAUGUCGACCGCCCACACCCAGCAAAGCGCGCCCGACAAGUCGACGAAGAAGGCGACCAAGGACCUCUUUGGCGAGAGGAGAGGCCACGUCUUCGAGGCCGAAAAGAUGGGUCUGGAGAAGGCCGACUUCAGGGCUGUCGCCGAGCAGCGAUUCCCCAACGACGCGAUCCGCGUCCAGGAGUACUGUAGCGUCUCGCGACGACCGAGCGACGAGGAUAAGGAAGCCAUUGCGCGCCGCCGCCUGCAGAAUGUUGACAUGGCAGCCGACGGACAGGAGGAAGCCGGCACGGGCAUCGAGGUUGCUGAAGCGGCGCAGUACGAGAAGAAGGAGAAGGAGUACUUGUGCGAUCUAUAA